AUGUGUUCGAACUUGGGUCGCAACGCUUAUCUACAAUUAUUGGGGGAUUCUCUCAACAACUCGGACAGAGUAAUUUUUUAUUUUUUUUUUCUCAAAAUCGAAAUUAAGUUUUUCCAGGAAGAUGCAAAUUUCUUAGCUCCUUUGAAAGAUUUUUACGAAAUUGCGGCGCUUCAAUCGGGCGUUGCGACCUCGAACAGCGACAUUCCAGUUUAGAAAGUUUUUUGUAUCCAUGAAAAUUAUAAUAUUCAAGGAUGAUUUAUUGGUUCCGCUCGUAUCCAUUUCCGAUCCAUGUCGCCUGGAAAACUUGCCCUACUCUCAAAUAAAUUGGGCUGGUCUUGAGCGGACAAUAACUUCUGGCCGUGAAGUACAGAUAUCGAGAAAAAAACAAGUCGCAGCAAAGGCAACAAAACGUUUUUUUGGUAUCUUUAAAAUUGAAAGAAAAAAGAAAAGUUAAGCACUUCUCCCCGCAACUAAUUUGAGUACUAAUAAACAUGGAGAGAUGGGAACUUUGCACAAAGAAGAGCCAAAGUCGAAUAAAGUAGUGAGGUUCCAAAAAACGAUGAAGGAGAAAACGGCACAGGCGCCAGUAGCAAGAAAAGUCGCAGAACCAAGGGCAUCCACGUCGGAUUCGCUUUUUCACGAAGGUAAACUUUGAGAAAGGAUGUUUUCUAAUACAUCAUCCAUAAACAAAUCAAAUACAUUAUAAAUCCCAUUUUCAGAACCUAUGGAGGUUGACAUGAAACCAAGUGGUUUUAUCGACGAGUGCGAUCCAGUGUUCGGAGAAACUCAGAAACAUUCCGAAGCCCAGAAAUUGGCCACAGGCGUCGUCAAUCUUUGCCGUAUCGUUAAGAAAAGUUUGAAAAAAACUGAAAAAAUGAAAAUGAAGGCAAAUUCUUCAGUGAGCGCGGACCCCGAGACGACGUCUCUGGUCCAGCCAGAGCCUUGGAUCGAAAUCUCGGCAGUCAGCGAAAAAGCCGAGCUUCUAGUCGUGGUUCUGUCGUUCAUGCCGGGGCUCCUGACUGUUGAGGAAGUCGUGACUUCUCUUCUCGUCCCGAGUGGUCCUGUGGUCAUGCUCGAAGUGCGUUUCAUCUUGUUUCACUAAAAAAAACCGCCAAUUAUAUGGCUUGAAAAAAUUUGAAGAAAAAAGAAAAAAAGCCGGAAGUUUAAUUUAGACUACAGUGCGCGUCAUAAGUAUAGGACCACCCCCAUGAAAUUCCCAUUUCUAGAAGUUAGAAAGAAGUUGAGGAUAUCCUGUCAGUGUACAAUUGUGGAGUGCACUUUCCUAUACUUUUGUUAUUUCACUCGCGUUUCCGUAUAGACUCGAGUUUAUUUGAGAUCUUUUGCACAGUAAGUUCUUUGGGUACCCUCAACAUUCGUACGCUGACAGGAUAUCCUCAAAUUCUUUCUAACUUCUAGAAAUGGGCAUUUUGGGGAGGGGGAGGUCCUAUACUUAUGACGCGCACUGUAUAUAAUUUAUGAAGUUCUUUCUUUUAACUUGAACCUUUCAGAAAUAACUUCUGAAAAGCGCAGGGACAAAGUAGCGUUAUAGCUUAAAAAAAGCUGUUUAUCUUUAAUAAGUUUUUCAAACAGAUGUUGCGCCAAAUGCCAGAACUUUUUCUACGUUUUUUUGAACUCCGUGCUCAGUCGCAGUUGGUUUGCGCCGGGAACAACAAAAUUCAGGGAGGAUAUGAUCAGAAAGGUAGUCAUCUCCACCAGAAAGAUAUAAAUAAUAUGAAUUGGAUUAAUUUCAUAAUAAAAGUCGAUUCAAAAUUAUUUCUUUCUUUUUCUUCUGUUUCUAAACGAUACCCACUUGCACUCACCACGUAAAUUUGAAAAUGUGAAGAAAUUGUAUUUCAUGCGUUUUGAGGAAGGUUUAGGUUAGAUUUUGAGAGAGAGAGAGAAGUUGCAUUUUUAUUUUUUCGAUCUCUACAUUCAUUGAGAUCUUGAAAAAUGCCGCUUGAACUUCACUCUUUGUAAGUACGAAACAUCGUGUAAGAGUUUUUUUGAAAUUCAAACAAGCCCUCAUCAAAAAGAGGAUAUUUUUGCAGUUGAUCGAGCUGAACCCUUCUUGCUUGAGUUCAGUGCUCAACCAGUUGCUGAACAGCCGAACGUAAAACUUUAAUUUUUUUUUCGUUUAAAUUCCAACAAGAAGUUAAGAGAUUGCAAACUGGGGUGUAAAGUUGCCACAGAUGCGUUGAACGACUUCGAAUUUGUCAAUGUUAUCGAGCCGCAUUUUAUAAAUCGAGGUUUUUCGAAGCUUUUCCUUUCCAUCAACAGUGUAAACGAAGCGCUUUUCAAGAUUCCGAGCUCUGUCUUUUGAUCACAAGAAAUGGAGUUCGACAAGUUCUGCCGCCGAUUGUUCGCCGAUUGCUAAAAGUUGUCAGGGAUCUAAUUAGCCGGUAUAAGUUGAAACAAAGCAAUUUUGAUCAACACUUUUCUUCUAUUUCAGUCCGCCGGAAACGUUGUUGGCAGGACUUUCCACCCCAGUAUUUUCCUCGCGUCUAUUGAAUUGCGUCGUCGAAAUUUUGGGAUCAACUGAUCAGUGGUCUCCGCCCGACAUCACUUUGGUAAAGAUUUCGGAACAAAAGAGCGUUUUUUUUUGGCUCACAGACAGUUUCUCUGGCGUGAAGGAGAAUAAUCAGAAAAUUUAUAUCUGCCUCUACUCCGAGAAAUAUCUUUAAUUUGAUUGAACCCAUAAAAAGACCUAAUUCGUGAACAAACUUGAAAAACUUCAUUUUACUAUUUAAGGCUACUACGGAUUCUUCCUUUGAUUUUUUAUUUUUUUUUUCAUCAUUUUAUAAGUAAAUGAGUUUUUGCUGAAAGUUUCAGGGAUUUACUGGAUUUGAGAUGUUUCAUAUUCAAUAAGGCCUUGUUUUUUUCAUCCUUCUCAGAGAGAAAAAAAUCUUUAAAACAGAAAUUUCUGCCGAAACAAGCUCAAAAAAAUAAUUCAAAGAAAAAAAUUAGGUAAAAUAUAAUAUAAAAUCAAUUUGGAAAUCUCUGGAGUCUGAACUUACAGAUAACGCGAUUCGUGUUCCGAACGGGGCUGCAACCGGAGUAUGGAGGCUCCCAGAAAGGAAUGGAACCGAUGGAAUGGUCCCAAGGAUCGACGAUGGACUCGGCCGGCCUUUUCGACGAGUUUUCCCUGAAUGACUCGGUCGUCGCAGACUCCGAGGCCUCUUCCCAGGACUUUGGCCGCGCCCAUGAGCCUCUGCAGGCCUCCAGUUCUUUCCCUACAACUUCGGAGCCUUCUCCUUUUGGGGACACUCACGAGAACGUCGUCUUGGCUGCUCUCAUUCUCUUUCCCAUUCUCACUCAGUUCGUUUUUGUUGGAUUGAAAGGAUGGAUAAUAUAUAAUACGAUGAUGGGGUGUGAAAUUAACGAAGAAAAAAGAUGAAGAUACAUUUACUUUUCUGAGAUCAAAUAUCGAACAGUCUCCUAUCUUUCUCUUUCAGAUUACCAGUUUUGGUUUGAGAAGGUCUCAAGAAGAAUUUUUCUAGGUAUCCGACGAGUCAAAAUGAGACGGUAGCUCCUCCGGACAAGGCCGUCUAUCGAUGGCUCGACGCUUCCAGGAAAAGAACUUCUUUCCAAUAUGAAGGGAGUUCAAGCCAAUCUGAAGUAUAUUCCGAGAAAAAUUCCACGUGAAGUAAUAUUUUGCUAGGAGGAGUCAUCAUUCGCCGGGGCUUUACUGUAUGCUCACGCGUGCGUUUUGUCGGGUAAACUCCACGAUCUCGGUCUCUACGUCAAUAACGUUCUUCAGCGAAGGGUUUUUCAGAAAUUGAGAGAUUUGUUGAAUUUGAGUCGUUUCCAGACGGAUCUUUAUUUCCGGAACCCUCACGUACUUGUCCUGAAAAAGAUGUUGUUCGAGAAUUGUCUGGACAAAGCUGAAGUCGCUCGAAGGUCCGAAGACUCCCGUAGUAUUGAAGUUUUGGGUACUUUUCAGAAGUACGGCUCAACCGACGACUUUGAAUCUGAACCAGAACAGUCCUGGACGAGUUCCCUUGCACACGAUUUCUGCCCUUCAAUCUGCCGGUAUCCUUAAAGCUCUGAAAGCGAAUAUCGGGGUUUCUAUCCUCUUCAAAUGUUUUUAUUCUGCAAAUAAUUUCAGAAUUGGUUGGAAAGACAGCUUCGAAGCGUUGCCGUCCCCGCGAAUUCGAUGCUAGUCGAUGUCAUUGAAACGUAUAGUUUUGAAUUUAUUUUUUGAUUGAAAUAGUUCUUUCACAGAUUCGCUUACAACUCUGCGACUUAUCAAACCGCUGGCCUCUCUCAAGCUUUUGUGCAGGUUUGCUUGAAAUUUAGAGUGUUUGAUUGAAAAUCGUGAGAAGAAAAAAAUCAGACUUCACCGGUUGUUUAAUUCAGAUUUUUUUCUUCUUCAACUAAAAAUUUUUGGAAAAAAAUGAUUUUCUAAAAUACAUGUGAUUGAUUCAAUGAAAAUAUUUUUUUCAGUUUUUUGAUUUUAAACGAUAUAGUGAGAUUAAAAAGACAAAAAAAAACAGAAAGGGCUUGAAAAGACGACGUAAGACUUCUUGGAGUCUCUUCAGGAAGGCAUUUUCUCUCUCUUUCUCUCUAUUCUUUUUGUGGUAAUAUCCUGAGAGAUGUCACAAAAUAUAAUAAAAGUGAAGAAAGAAAAACGCAAUGAGCAGAAGUGAGAGGAAAUCUUUCGUUUAGUGAAAACCAGAUUUUUGGCCUCUACUACUGGAAUAAAAAAAUCUCUUCUUUUGAUAUUUACCAGAUCAUAUAUUGAUUAUCAUCUUUUGGAUUUGACAUACAAAAUAAUGAGUGGAAGCAAGAGUCCUCAGAAAAAGUGAAAUAUGUUAGUUGCAAGUUUGGAGCCUGAAAGUCGGAUAACCUCGCAUUUCCAAUUGAUACAAAAAAAAACAAAUCACAAAAAUGAGCUGAAUAUUUGAAGGACGUCUUUUCUGGCGAUUCGAUGGAUGAAGAACGCUUGAUGUCACGAAUAUACGUCCUCUUGUACUUGGUCGCCUACCGAGAACAAGUCGAAAGGGCUGGAAAUCAGAGAAAUCUUGUGAGAAUCGCCUGUUUUUUUCACAAGACAGCGCAAUUUUAGGCAUAUUCCAAUGAAAUCUACGCGAAAAUUCCGUAUCGUUAUCUGAUGUCACUGGUGGAAGUGCGACACGAGCAAUUCCAGAAUAUCCGUUAUCGAUUGGUGAGAUGUUUUUUUCAUUUCACGGAGUCCUAGAAUUUGAAAGUAGGAAAAGAAAUGUCAAUUCCUCAAACACUUUUUAUUGGAUUCUACUCAUUUUACAAAUUUUUACAUCAGUUUUGGUUUCAAAUAAUUGUGCAUCGCAAUCGUUUUGUCGAUUAUCAUCUAUUUUUUUAAGAAUUGAAAAAAACCUGUUGUAAGUAGUUCUAAAAGGACUUUUUUUAGUCAACAAAAGGUAAUAUAGUCGAUUGAAGGUGUUGCGGUGCAGUAAUUGGUUCCCCUACAUGAUGCCGACGCCUCAAAGUAUCGAAGUGGCCAAGGAAUCUGCGGCCGAUCGACGUCCGUUGGCUGAGUGUCUCGAUAAAGAGGAUGUCCUCAAAAAAGUACUCUUUUCAUUUCGUUUGUGAUGGGUUGAGAAGAAAGUUUCCUAUAGCCUAUUCGGCGUGACUUGAAAGUUUUCGAAUGUCUGCGUCUCUCUGUUCCCUCACCGGCGAGGUCAGAAAAAAGAGAAAUUCUUCUUUCAAGUCGCGGUAACCGGACUAUAGCUGAAAAUAAGGACGGUCGAAUUACCGAAAUGCAUUCAGAUUUCUUUUUACAAAUCAAAUUGACAAAAAAGAACAUGAGGCCUUGAUUUCCCAAAAAGAAAAGGGAUAAUCACCAUUGGAAAAAAAAAUGUAUAAUCUGAUGAGAGAGUUUUCAGUGAACUUUAUCUAAUUUUUGAAUUUCGAGUUAUAUUAAAGCAGGUUCGCAUCAUUGGAAGAACAAUGUUUGAAACAAGAAAAUUGAAAAUCAUUCUAAAAAGAAAUACCUUCGAAGGCUUUGAAUCUUUCUGAUUUUGUGAGUCCUGUAAUAGUUUUCUUGAAAUUAAUGUUUUAAAUCUACUUAUUUAAGAGAGUUUUUUUUGGUGUUUCAAAUUGGAUUAAUUCAGAUCCGUUCAACCGUUCUGGAACCCUCGAAAAAUGCGGCUUACAAUUAUUUGAAGCAUAUUGACGCCGCUCCAUUUUCUGAUCAGGUUUCCUAACCGAAAAACCUGUAUCUCAAAUAAAAAGCUAUUUUUUUCAGUUGCGCCUGCUACCGAUUAUCAUUGAAGCUUUCAUGAAGUCUCUGGAACCGAGAACUCCGAUUCGUUUCACUCGACUCAUUGUGCAACUUUUUGCUCGUUUCGAGGAACUGGUCCCUAAUCAACUUUUCGAAGUUUUCACAAAAAUGGAAAGAAAAAUGACCUACUUUUUCAGUCAGCGACGAACGCUUGGCUGGAGAAAGAUGGGGCCAAUUUUUCGAAUGUCUACAAGAUACCGGCGUUGCUUUUCCGAUGUGAUAAGUAUGUUGGAAAACCAUGAAAACUUGAGCUGAUGAUUUGAAAAAAAAAAAUCGCGUCUCUUAUAAAAAAGCAAUUUCGAGACAGAAAGCAAGUUUUUGAGUUUCUUUUUUCAAGUCUAGCUUCAAUUCCGCAUGAAUUUGCAGUUGCUGUCGAGCUUUUAAACAAUAUUUAAGACGGAUUCUCAACUCUCCACCGCACUUUUUCUGUUUCGUCAACACCCUGCGAUUCUUCUCGACGGCCUGCAGAUGGAAUCAUCGCGUCAGGAUGAUGUUGAUGUCCAAGACUCUUCAGCACAUGCCGUCAGUCAUAGAAAGAUCGGAAAACACAUUAAAAUGGGGUUGGAAAACAAUGUUCUCCGAAAAAUCGAGACAAGAAGCCGUUGUAAAAAGAAAAAUUUCAAAUACCACUUCUCAUAGUGAAAGGAUGACAUUAAACUCCCUGAAACUUUUGAAUAAAAGACAAUUUUUUCCUUCCAAUUUACUUCGUUUCUCGUGACUGUUGUUUUCUCAGCGCUCUUCUUGUCUCUCGGACACCCUCUCAUGUUUCCUUGCUUAUUUUGACCUCGCCGAUGAGGGAACAGAUAGACGCAGACACUCGAAAACUUUCAAGUUGCGGCGAGGGCAGUAUAUAUAUAUAUAGCAAGUUUAAAACUAAUGAUUGAGAAAAUGGUUAACGAAAAUCAGCUAAAAAUUUUUUUGAGAAAGAAAAAAACAACUAAUAGCAAAAAAAUCGACUUCAGGGAUCACGAUCGAAAAGAAAAUGAACUUCUCGCCCAUGCCUAUGCAGAUUCUCAGCAGACUGUCACUGUUCAAGCUCUCAUCGAAGUGGCCGAUUCUCGACGGAUGGGCGAUGGUUGGUUUUGAAAUUGAAGAAGAACAGGAAGGGAUGCUAACCGAAAACUAGCUUCCGAAAGUUCUUUAUGUUCGUUUUUCGCUGUUUGAAACUGCUGUUUUUCUUUACACUCUCCUCGUCUCUCGGCGAGAAACUCGAAAACUUUCAAAUCGCGGCAAACUGAUUAUACCAGAAGGAAAGAGCUACAAAAAAGAAACUGAAAAAUGGUGUAUUUUUUUCAAUAAAAAUUCAGAAUUAAAGAAAAAAAGAGAUGAGUUUCUUCUCCUUGUUCAAAAAUUUCUUUUGAAGAUAUUCGUAUUUUUCAAGAUGAGUCCGACUACACGGCGAAGGCAAAUCGAGAAGAAAUCGCGAAAAUCGCUUUCGAAUACAUCCAUCGGCUGUUCAUCGACCACGAGGGCUUGAUGAAAGUCGUUCUGUUCCAGGUCCAUAACAGACCAGCACAGCUUCUUCUAUGACUUGAUUCCAGGCUUUUCCGGUCCGGCAACUGCGCGCCGUGGUCGAAGGCGUUCCGUCGAUGUUCGUCGCGAUGGCCUACGUCCAGGAGAUGCUCACUUUGCCCAACAUUGAGAGAAGGAUCUUCACGGUUGUCCUGGUUGCCGAACUUGCCAGAAAGGUCAAUUGGAUGGGAAAGCGAAUGUGGAAAAUGUCGCCCGUGAAAGAAAAUAUUCCACAUUGCUGCACCUUUAAAGCUGGCAAAAAAUAAUCUGCUAUAAAUAAUGAUGUGGUGAGAAUCCAAACUUGAAGUCCAAAAAAAUCGGAAAAAAAUAAAAAAAUUAAUAUUUUUCAGAUUGAUAUUUUUAUCCACGGAUUACUAUAAAAAUGUCUUAACCUUUAAAAUCUAAAAUUUUAGUUUUCUAGUCAUGACCCUAGAUGUUCGUUCUAAUCUACAAGCUUUGAAUCAAGAUUCGUUCAAUUUACAGUACCGGAUACAAGAAAGUUUGGACGUUGUGAGGAUGACGAUCGACGUCGUCAACACCCUGCACAAGUACGGGGAAUUGCCGGCUGCCUACAAAUUUUGGAAACAUCUCGUUCCUGCACUUUCUGAUGUUUCGGUGGUUCGCGAUUGCUAUGAGAAUUUUUUGACGGAAACAUAAGGGAAAUAAUGGAUCGAAAAGCGUUUUCAAAUCAAUCAACAUCAAAUCAUUUGUUUUGUUGUUUUAGUCUGAUGUAAUCGACUAGGCGGUGAACAAGAACUUUAAAAGCUAUAACGAACAACCGCCUUUGGCGAACUAGAAGUCCAAACGUGUAGUCGAAAGAGUUGAAAGCAUGGUCAUACGGUCCUUCGCCCCGUGCUUCUGCGCGUAGUCCAUCCAGUUGCGCCUUGACGAGCUCAGAAUGUAGCGGAUUUUGUAGCUGGAGCCCGGAAACCGUGCUCUAGGUGGGAGCCUCAGAAUGAGAGCGACCACUUCGAGUGAAGAUUUUACACGGAUUUUCGAACGAAUAAGUGCGAAAAAAGGGGGGAGGGUUUUGUUUGAUACAAUUUCUUCAACUCAACAAAGGCUUCUCGACAUUUAGAAAAUCUAGGAACGUUUUGAGCCGAGUAUACCUUUUCAUGAAUUGGUUUUUCUUUUCGAAACACCUCAAAAUGGAAACCUGCAUUCUCUAGCUUUUAGAAAAGAAAUAGAUCGGUCAACAAUGGUCAAUUGGUACGUUUCAGGUGUUCCCAUCCCUUACUGAUUGCAUUACUCGACUUUUGCAACGAGUUUCGUCUUGCGCCAAAUCCAGAGUUGCCACUCAUUACGGAAUCCUCCCACAGAAUAAAAAUUGCGAGGUUUUUUUUAUAUUUUAAAAACUGAAAUUAAGUUGAAAUCUUUUUAGGAGAAAAGGUUGUUGAAGCUGGUCGCAAGCUGUUUGGAUCGAGAAAAUUGUCUUUUUGAUUAGUUAUUUUUUUAGUGUAUUUUCUGUGCUAUAAUAAUUAAUAUAUAUACAUUUUAUCUUUUUUUUUAAAUUGAUUUUUGAUAUAAUAUGCUGGCUAACUUUUUUUCCUUUCUACGUUUGUUCUUCAAAUACGGGUCUAAACAAUUUUUUUCGUUUUUCAAUUUGUUAAUCUAUUUCUGGUUAACUUUUCGUUCUCGCCUUAUUGAAUGAACUGUUCAUUAUUCACCCCUUUUCUCGUAGAUUAAAACGAUAUAAGUAGAUCUUGAGCAAUUUUGAAGAUGCAGGGCGAUGCUGAACAAAAACAUUCGUUUCAAGACUCAAUUUUCCUGACUUUAAUGAAUCGAUUCCUCAAGACACUUCAUAUGAUAUUGUUAAGGAGCGCAGAAAUUAUUAACAUAAGGAAAAUUUGCCCGGAAACCACAGAUAUUUGCUCGCGUCUUUUGUUUGGAGAAUUGUGCUGGUUAAGUCGCGGCAAAUAAAUUAAUCAAAGAGGCCGGUUUUUAGGCCCCCUGGUCAAUUUUCGGCCACAUCUUUCGUGGUCUUUGCCCUUUUUUCUAGGUUUGCGUUAAUUUUUUUUUCGAAAAAAUUCAAAACGAUUCAGAGCGGAUGAUCCUCCGGAUCUUGGUGCUCUCGGGGUUCUUGGCAACCUUGGCAUCGGCGCAGUGGGGACCUUUCCAUCGUAAGAUUUUUCAAACUUAGUUUCUUUAUACACUGCGACCCAUAAUUACAGACCCACCCUAAUUUCUCCGAUUUUAAGAAAGAUUGAAAAACUUUCAGCCACCAAACUUUUUUUGUGAUAAACCUUGUUGAUAAGGAACAUAAUCAUAAUAUAAUUAUCAAUCACCCAGUUGAAAAGUUUUUCAAUCUUUCUUAAAAUCGGAGAAAUUAGGGUGGGUCUAUAAUUAUGGGUCGCAGUGUAUUAGAAUAGAUGAAGAAGAAGACCAGUCCGAAAACAAUUUCAAAAGAAAUUCUGUAAAAUGUUUUGCUUUGCACGUAGAAUCGUUUCUCUUUGCGAAAUUAAAUCUAUUUCAUUUUUAAACAAGUAAACCUGAAACAGUAUGAAAAAUAUUUUUUCACGAUUUUGUUCGUUUAAAAAAACUUUGAACGCUGAUUACGAGAGAAAUUUCCAAAUAAUAGAGUCAUCUUCACAGAGUCAAAUUUUUUUUCUUUCAUAGUCACAAAAAUCAGUUAUUUUUUUGAAAUUUGUCUGAAUAACAUUUCGUAGCAUAUGGACAAGGAGGACCUCCAGCCCCUCCGAACAAUAACUUGGCGAUCGGUUAUCCAACUGCUUACGGGCUUUGGACCGGCCGCAGUUGGAAUGGCUGGAACGGAGAUCAUCAUGUGAGUUUCAAAAACAUUCUCUAAAAAUUAAGCUUUCUCUUGAUGAAAAACGAGAUCGAAGGGAAACUGCGAGUAUGAUUUUUGAGAAAAAUUUGUCUUUUUUGUCGAUCGAGGUUUGGUUUUCUGAGCUUUUUCGCAAAGAACCUCUCGAAAAAUAAGACUUCUCUCGAGGGGAAACGAUGACGAAGUGAAAAAAAGUUUCUGGAGUUAUGGUUUUGAAAAUGGAAAAUAGUUCUUUGUUUAUCAAAUCUUGAUUCUAUUAGCUCAUUUUUUCUUGCUCUGAUUUCCGAUUUUAUGAGUUCAGCCAGGCCAGGGAACCGGAUUCGGCAGCCCUCUACGAUGUCUCAACGGCGGCGCUCAUAUCGGUUUGUCUGACUUCAAAUAUCUAUGCACUAUAAGAAUAAUUGUCGUUUGUUUCAAAAAGCUGCCUGUAUUUGAAACCUUGAAUGACUGGAAUCACACGGAAAGCGGCUUUUCGUCUUAAGGGUCCGUUAAAUCUUUCAGGAUUUUCCGAAUAACCCAAAAACCUUUUUGAAUCAACUUUUCAAAUUAAAAAAUAGCGAUUCUAGUGAAUAAACUUUGUCCCUUGACAUAUACCGACUUGAGCAAAGCUCCAAUGCGAAAUAAGAUAAUGUGUCUGUUUCAAAGUUUUUGCUGUAUUAUUUAAAGGAGCAGUAGCUUUGAAUGACCUGAAAGUCUUUUUGUUUUGGACCUUAAUCAAUGCUCUUUAACUUUUACGCACCUCGAAAAAGAAAUUUAUGAUAACGGCUAAAAUCACAAUGAAAUCUGUUUGAACGCCUUGCCUCACUUUUUUAUUUCGAUUCUUGAAAAUAAAGAGUCACUUUUCUUAUUAUGAGAAGCUCACAAUCUCACGAAAUUUCAAAAGGGUUGAACGACCUACAAAAAAGUUAUGAUAAAACGUUAAGUUUUGUAUCUCUUGCAGGGUACUGCGUACCAGGGUUCCAACUCAAAGGGAAUCUACAAAAUCUUUCUUUUCUCUAGGCCAAUGCCGACUGGAAAAAGACUCGAUUUGCGUGGCUCUCGGCGGAACCUGCACCCAUGGAGCUUGCUGUACGACGCCUUUUCUCGGGAUGAUCUCGACAACUUCGGCGACACCCACCAGGAAAAUCGCCACAGUUGAGAUUGAAAUGAUCGAUGGAGAGGUGCUGAGUUCGCACCUAGAAUGAAAUCAACGCUGCGUUUCAGGCAACAAAAAGACCACCGAAACAUUUCAGAUCUACAACUGAGACUCCAGAAGCGACGACCAAAGAGCAGACAGGAGAUCAGGUUCGAGAUUUAUUUUCUGGACUUUUUCGAACCGUACCUGCAUGAAUCACUAGACCGUGCAGUACAUUUGUUCAACUUCGAAAUGAUGUUCUUUAAUACCAAUGACUUUCUCAAAUAUAUUCUGGUAAACUUGCGAAAAAAAUAGCACAUGGGCAGUAAAAGAAAUAUAAAAAAUUUCAAAACUUUUAAACACGCGCUUUUAGAACGACAUGGAGUUCAUGGAGCACCCUAACACCUAUCCCAAUUUAUCACCUUUCCCAUAUUUAGGGCAUGAAAAAUCUUUGAAAGAAAGAAAACAUAGAAACGUUAUCGAUAGACAAUUUAAAAAAAAAAACUUGCGUCAUUAAUUUUGGAGUCAGCGUGGUUUAAUCACCAAUUAUAGAAAUUGAAAAAUGUAAAACCGAUUUUUUGCUAGAACACCAAGUCUGGCACGAAGUGGUGACCUAUAAAACUGUUUUUGUGUUUUUUUUUUCCGAUUUUCAAAUCAAGCUUGAGAAAUUUUGUUUCUUUCAGAUAGACGAAGAAGAAAUACUGGAAUGGAACAGACUCGUCGAACAGGCCAAGUCGACCAUAACUACUGAGCCUCCGCUGGUCACUGUAACUCCCGUCGUCGAGGUCAACGAGUACAAAGUUGUAGUUGAUCAUGGAAACAAGACUCCUAUGGAAAAUGUUCAGAGAUGCUUCUCGGGCCUCAAGCCGGUCGGUCCUUGUGCCGAAGAUUCGGACUGUCCAACCCUUCAUUCUUGUGAACAAGGAAUGUGCUGCUACAAUGCCUAA